AUACGCCGAUAAAGAGAAGAUUCUGUUAUGCUUGUUAAAAUGAAAUUGCCGCCUCGAGUUUGGCAAAGAGUGUGGUAUAAUCAGCUAGAAACUCGUCGCUUGCAUGUUCCACCAGUUGAAGUGAAAAGUCUGAAUGACCAAUUGAGGGAAAAACUUAAGCACUCUGGAGAGUUGAUAAAACGCGCAAUGACUCUGUAUAAGCCAAACGAAAUUAUGCUGUGCUUCAAUGGCGGCAAGGAUUGCACGGUCUUGCUGGAUAUUUUGGCAAAAGUGAAGCCUCCAUCGAUGCCACUGGGAGCGGUAUACGUUAGCUGCCCAGAUCCUUUCGAGGAACUGGAAAAGUUUGUCGACGAUUGUGCUCAGCGGUAUGGACUACAAUUGCGGCGCUUCGAGGGAGACCUCAGGAUGGCCUUCGAACGGCUUUUGGCCGAGAAUCCCCAGGUGCAGGCAAUGUUUCUCGGCUGUCGACGCAGCGAUCCUGGGGGUUUGAAUCUAGGUGAGAUGCUACCCAGCGACAAUGGAUGGCCACCGAUGAUGCGAAUCUUCCCGCUGCUCGAUUGGAGCUACCACGACAUUUGGAGAUAUAUAAGGGUUAAUGAUCUGCCCUAUUGCUGCCUCUACGAUCAGGGAUACACAUCGCUAGGGGAUCGCAGAUCAACGCAUGUGAAUCCCAGUCUGAUGGUUUACGACGAGAAGCUGGACAAGAUGACCUACCGGGCGGCCUACGAAUUGGAGGACAGCCGCCUGGAACGGGCCAACAGGGAUGAGCAUGAGUCCAAGCAAUAA